AUGGCAUCCAAGCAACAACCCCCAACCAACAUCCCCAUUGACACCGCCGCCUCGUCGGGCCUGGGCGCCCCGGGCCCAACGUCGCCCCAGCUCGAAAAGGACGCCGCCCGCGCCAUGUCGUCGACGUCGUCGUGGAAGCCCGCCUACGAGCGCAAGCAGAGUUAUCACAAGGAGGACCAGAAGCACGAGUUGCAAAUGUCGGGGCUCAAGGGCAAUAGUGGCGGCGGCUCGUUGGGUGCUCAGACUACUGCUGCCAGUGCUGGAUUUACGGAAAAGUAG